CUGUUGAAUUUUGAUUAAAAUUAUAAGAUGGAGUCCUUUCAUAUUGAAGACCAGCAUCAAAGAGUUGCAUUCAUGAGUGACAGUGGCAUUCAUCUCUUUGACGAUGAAAGCUUAAAUAAUUAUAAAGCUAUACAAAACAAGCAGUAUAUUUAGAGACUUAAAAAUUGCGUUCAUGAUUGGUAUUCUCGUUGCUAUAGUAGAAAUGGUGAUAUCUCUUUACCAAAAUAUCCAUAUAGUUGGGUUCUUUGAAGGCUCAAUGCUUUUUGUGUUGUCAUGUUAUUUCUUACUUGAGGCAAUAAGACAAAAAGACACUUUCAGAUCAAAUAAAGAUAAGAAAUUAUUGAGUCUGGGAAUUUUUGUUUGAAUUUUGUUUGCAUCGAUAUCAGCAAUUUUUAUUGCCAUCAAAAUCUUAAACUAUUUGAGAUAUCCUAAUGUUGACAUGAUUUUAUGGAAAGAGGCAGCUAGAAAUUCCUCUUAUGAAAUUAAUUCUUCAGCAAUUGAAUUUCAAGAACUUUCUGGAGACAUGAUCAGUCUAGAUUCCAUCGAUCACUUGCUCAAUGUUACAUUAGAUUGUUUGGCUCCAGAUAUACAAUCAAAGGUUGAAAAAUUUACCAGAAUAAAGACUCCGUCUGAGGAAUUCCCUGUAGCUGAGUAUAUCAUCUUUCAUAUGUCUCGAGCGAGCAUAUUAAUGGGUAUAGUUACUGACACAGAAGUAUUAAUCAGACUAAGCCCCUUCAAUGACUUCUUCAUUCUCUGCCAGGAAAGAAUCACAAGAAGGGAGAUUUCUGGCUCAGAGUUCUGUCUCAAGCCCAUUGCUGAUUGAGUACUGGAUAAUUAUUAAGCAACCAAUGUAAGGGACUGGUAAAUUUAAA